UCCACCCACAGAAUUUAAUCUCAAACUCUCACGCACACAGAAUCAAUUCAAGCAACCCGUGUUGGUUCAAGAGCAUCCCAGUAGACUUACGAUGGAUCCCUGUACAAUUAUUGCAGCUGGUGCAGGAGCAGUUGCAGCAGUUGCUGCAGCUCCUGCUGUUAUAGCAGCAGCAGGUUUCACUGGCGCUGGAAUCGCAGCAGGUUCGUUGGCCGCCUCUAUGAUGUCAUCAGCCGCUGUAGCAAGCGGUGGAGGGGUCGCAGCUGGAUCCGCUGUAGCACUGCUUCAAUCUGUGGGUGUUGCUGGAAUCCCUUUAGUAGCAAAUGCAGCUAUUGGUGCUAUAGGGGCCACUGUGGGUGCAAUUGUGGGGGGACCUCUUAUUUGCAGUUCAGAAGUCACAGCCGCUUGCAGCGCUUUGCUGUAAUAUAGGAGGGGUCACCACUUUUCAAGCUGCUGGUGCUGAUGAAAUCCCUGUCAUGGUGAAGCCAUCAUAGCCGCUGCCCAACUGCACUACAUACAGUAACUGGCCAUAUCUGUAAUGUAAUGCCUGUUUAAUUUAAAUGCUUUAUAUUUACUCACUAUAUCACAACAUCUCUUAACACUGCUCUAGCUUACAAACUGUACAUGUUGCCACAGUGAUGGAAUAGGGUUAAGUAAAUUAUUCUAAGUUGAAGGAAACUAAUAUGACAUGUUUAUUGCAGCACAAAUGACCCAAUAAAUAAUAGUUAUAAGAAUCUUUAGGUUCCAUAUAAUUUCUAUUCAGGUAGUCAGUACUUCCUGAAGCAUGUGGAGGCUUUGAUACUUGCUCAUGGCUUGUCUGUAGAUCACCUGAAAAUUAUAGCCUCAACGAAAAGAAGAAUCUAAAGUAAAGCUUAUUUUUAUUUAUAUAGGGAAUCUGUGUAAAAAAGUAAAAGCAAGAUCUGUUGACCUACUACAUUUCCUAUCGUGUUAAAGACUUAUAUUUGCAUAUUUAAAUGUGUUUUAGGCUUUUAGCAAACACUCUUUAUAGUGUGACCUCCUUUGACUUCCAUGCUGAAUCUCACAAACCCUGUCAAUUGUAUUGCAUUGUAACAUUACUUUUAAUGCAACUUUGAUGACAGCUGAACUUUGACUUUACCUGGACAAAUCAAACUUAAACCUUGAUGAAUAAAUUUAAUCUAU